GCUGUCAUGGCGUCCGGGAGCGGCGCUGCCGAAGGGAUGGAGGCGCCCCGGGGGGAAAGCGCUGAGCCCGCGGGCACCGGCAGCGACACCGACAGCGGCACCGACGGCGGCUCCUCGCUGGCCGCCAGCUCCGAUGAUCUUGAGCCUGAGUGGUUGGAUAGUGUGCAGAAAAAUGGAGAAUUAUUUUAUUUAGAGUUAAGUGAAAGUGAAGAAGAAGUUCUGCUUCAGAACAGCUGUCCAGAAAUGCCAGCAGUGAAUCAUGUCAGGUUUCGUGAAAACGAAGCUGAAAUCAUUCAAGAGGGAUCACGAAAGGAGAGGAAGUAUGAACUGAAGAAAUGGACCAAAAUGCUAAAAAAGAAGAGUCUUUUACCAAAGAGUUCUGGUAAGAAAGGCAGUGGAAGCUGCAAUGAGCACCCCUCUGGUCCUACUUCCAUAUUGAAGCACCGCUCUGCUCAGAAAAUGGGUGUCACUGUUCAGCACAAGUACAAAGAUGUGUCUGUGUAUGUAAAUCCCAGAAAACUCUCCAGUGCUGGGGAAGAAGAGCAGCAGAGGCUGCUGGAAGCCUUAGUAGGGAUUGUCCAUCAGUCCUCAUGGAGCAGCAGAAGAGUGGAAAAACAAGGCAGGAAGGAUAAAGUCACCAGAGGAGCCAGUGAGGAGAAGCUUGUGGUACAUGGCUUGGUGCCAGGUAGUUCUGCAAUGAAAACUGGUCAAAUCCUGAUUGGAGAUGUUCUUGUUGCUGUAAAUGAUGUCGAUGUGAAUUCUGAAAACAUAGAGAGGGUUUUGUCUUGCAUUCCAGGUCCUAUGCAGGUUAAACUGACAUUUGAGACCUCGGUGUUUGAGGCUGAAGGGACUUCUGAGCCAAGGAACAAACAGACACAGUCAAGCAUGAGCAACCUGGCUCGGCUGCUGUGGGGAGAGGACGCUGUGGAGCCUCAGCAGGAUGUGCCUCACAUUGUCAUGUUCCUCACACUGAAACUGGACUCUGAGACCUCCAGGGAUGAGCAAGAAAUUAUUUAUCAGUACCCCAUAUCUGAAGCAUCCCAAAAACUGAAAAGUGUGAGAGGGAUAUUUCUCACACUGUCUGACAUACUGGAAAGUGUUACUGGUACCGAGAUUAUCAGCUCCUCCCUGUUCUUGUGUGAAAAACUUGUUCAAGUUGUUUACUGGAAAGCAUCUGACAAGUUGCUGGUCAUUGGCCUUCCUGAAGAAAAUGUGCCACUUUAUCAGCUGAGGAACAUGAUUCAGAAUGUUGUCAGGACCCUGACAUUCAUGUACAGUUCUUUGGACAGUGCUUUUUGCCAGGUGGAAAAUGCUUCUCGCCUGGAUCAUUUUUUCAGCCUGUUCUUCCAGCGUGCCCUCCAUCCUGCGAGGUCCCAGGCUGGCAGCAGUGCCCAGCUGCAGGAUCCCUGCAGUGCCCUGCUCCCGGGCAGCCUCCCCGCGCUGCGCUGGCUGACGCUGCCCCAGCAAGUCAAGAUGGAAAUUGACACAGCACUGAGUGAUCUGGAAGCAGCUGAUUUUGCAGAGCUGUCUGAAGAUUAUUAUGACAUGAGAAGAUUAUAUGUGAUCCUGGGCUCUUGUCUCUUUUACAAGGGUUACUUGAUUGGCAAUCACUUGCCAAAGGAAGACCUCGUUGACGUGGGUUUCUAUUGCCAGCACUACUGUCUGUUAUCGCUGGCAGCAGAGCAGAGGAUUGGCCAGUUGGUGAUUUGGCGGGAAGUGUUCCCACAGCAUCACCUGCAGCCGGAUGAGGAGUCACAUUUCACAGGAUACAGGGAGCCUGAAGCAAGAUACUUCUUACUGAUAGUGGGCUUGAGACACUUUGUCCUGUGUGUCCUGCUGGAGGCAGGGGGCUGUGCAUCCAGAGCUAUUGGGAACCCAGGACCAGACUGUAUCUAUGUAGACCAGGUCAAAGCAACCAUUCUCCAGCUGGAAGGAAUCGACGCCAGCAUCGAGGAAAGGCUGGAUUCUCCUUCCGUGCCACCUUUAGCCUGUGCUGACUGGUUCCUUCCUGCAGCACGGGACAGGCUGGAGAGCUUGAGCACCUCCCCAGUGCUGAGCAAGCUGCAGAGCUCCUGCAAAGCUGGGAGCACUGCAGGGAGCAGGAGGAGCCUCUUUGGGGACACUGGGCACACCCCACGGGGCAGUGGGGCAGCUGAGCAGGGCAGCGAGGGGCCCGCGGAGGAGGAGAGCACAAAUCCACAGCCUCUGAUGGAGCAGGCCACUAGGAAAAAACACACCCUGCCAAACCCAUUUCAUUUAGGAAACCUGAAAAAGAACUCUUCAGAGAAAGAUACAGAACUUCCUAAUGCUAUGAGGUUGACAUCUGGUCCUGAGAACACCCUGUUCCACUAUCUGUUUUUGGAGACAAUGCAAGGAAUCUUUAUUACUCCAACUCACAAAGAAGUAGCCCAGCUCGGUGGCUCCAUCCACCCUCAGUUAAUUGAGAAUUUCUACCAGUGCUGCCUUUCAAUCCGUUCCAUUUUCCAGCAGUCCAUGAAGAAAGAGAAAAAGAAGGCAGGCAGUGGGAUUUCAGAUUUCAGUAAGGCAGCUGAGGACCCAGGGCUGGUAAGAGAACACGGACUCCUGUUUGAGUGCUCUCCUGAAAACUGGACUGACCAGAAGAAACCACCACCAACAAUGAACUACUGGGUUGUGGGGAGACUCAUUCUCCAUCCCAAGCCUCAGGAGUGUUACGUGUGUUUCCAUGACUCAGUGACAGAAGCUGCUGUGGAGCUGGCCUUUAAGCUGUCCUUUGGCUUAGCUGCAUAGCUGAGCUUCCUGCACACUCAGGCAUCCUGCAGGGUGGUGUUCAUUCUUUAAAAUAUCCCAUGUCAAGGGAAAUGAGCUCAGUUUGGGUGCCACCCAUGGGGCAUCUUUGAAAUGCUUUAAAAAAAUCAAAUACUUUGUGGUAUGAAGCAGUUAAAACUUCAGUGGUGCUUCUGAUGAGCUCAUCAAUGGAAUGCUUAUUUUCAGAGAACCAAAGUUCCUAUUUUUAUAUGCUGUCACUUUUUUUUAUCCUGGUCCUAACUUUAUUAUAUGAAAACACCACAUCAUUUGUCUGUUCACUGCUGUUCAGUAUACAAUAUGCAACAUAAAAUGGUAAGCUGAUCCUCAAAGUACUCUGUGAACAUGGAAAUUGGUGGUGGAGGAAAAAAAAUUCUCCAGUAACUUUAAAUUUUGCACCUCUGAGAGGCUGGAAAACACUGAAUGUUUUCAGUAGCAUUGUGUUAAUCAAAACAGAGAGAAAUCUUUAAGACAAUUCCUGGCACUUAGCCUCACAAAACUGAUGGUUUAGUAUUUUCGCUGUCCUGGACACUUGAGGACUAUAGUGUGGUUGGUGUUUUACUUGACUCCAUGAGUUUUACCUAUAAAUAUUACUUAAAUUUGUUCAAAUGCAAUUUUGAAGACCCUAAAA